AUGUUGGAAGAGCAAAAAGUAAGAGAGAUGACGGAUAACUUUUAUUUCCGUACCGCAGCAACACAGGCAUGCCCAUGCACCGACCGAUUAGGGGCGGAAGAGAAGGAGGAGGAGGCGGAGCAGGAGGAGGAGGAGGAGAAAAUGGAAAGUGGGACCUUGAGAAAUGUCACUAAAUCCGGUCGGAUUUUGAAUGUGCCCUUUACUGGAAUUGCCUAG